AUGUUCCGGUAUACGUUCCGUGUGUCAGCAGUGCGUAAUUGUUGGUUUGUGAGCUGUGAUAUAGUGUGCUGCCGACGUGGAAUAAUAGCACAACAUAACCAACAGUGUUUACGUUCCACAAUGUCCGCAUCUCCCCCGGUUGUGGUGAUACUUGGUUCAACCGGUACCGGUAAAACAAAGCUGUCGUUGGAACUAGCGUCCCGGUAUGCCGGCGAGGUGAUAAGUGCUGAUUCGAUGCAGGUUUACACAGGCCUAGACAUUGUAACUGCUAAGGCAACGAAGGAAGAGCAGCAACAGGUGGUGCAUCAUCUACUGAACGUGGUUACGCCGGAUCAAGUCUUUACCGUGGGCCAUUUCCGUGAGAGCGCAUUACCGAUCAUCGAUUCACUGCUGGCGGCCAAGCGGAUGCCUAUCAUCGUGGGCGGCACCAAUUACUACAUAGAGAGUAUCCUGUGGCGCGUGCUGUUGAGUGAAAACGUUAAACGCGAACGUGUCCGAACGCGUAGUGUUACCGCAGUGCAGGAUAUUUCCGAACCAGAUGCAAAACAACCAAAGGCAGACGGUGUCGUAGCAAUGGAGAACGAGAUCGUGCUGGAUCGGGUUCUGGAGCAGUUACCGACAAUGGAAUCGAGCGAUACGCUCGAAGCGUACGAAUCAUCAUUACUUCAUCGUGUGCUGGAGCGUGUCGAUCCGGAGUCAGCGGAAAGGUUGCACCCCAACAACAAGCGGAAGAUAAUCCGAGCCCUCGAAGUGUACAUAGAGUUCGGUGGACAACGCACAAUGAGUCAAGAACUAGCGGAGCAACGUGCAGCGCCGGGUUCCUGCAAUCUGGGCGGUCCCCUACGCUAUCGGAACGUAGUCAUUAUUUGGUUACGGUGUGAACAGGAAACACUAAACCGCCGUUUGGAUGAAAGAGUGGAUAGUAUGGUUGCACAGGGACUACUCCCGGAGAUACGAACAUUUUACGAAUCGUAUGUCAAACCAUACAACGCAUGCGAAUAUCAUCGAGGCAUUUUACAGAGCAUCGGUUUUAAGGAGUUCGUAAAGUACCUGGAUCGUUACGGUCUCGAAAUGGAUCAUGAGUUACUGGAAUAUCGUAGCGCGGCACAAGAAUUGCGCGGUCCUAAACCAGCAGGACUGGAUCAGCUAGACGUUUGCCUUGAAUACCUAAAACUGGUAACACGCCGUUACGCACGCCGACAGCUGCAAUGGAUCCGAAAUCGAUUUUUGUGCGAUACUGGACGCGAAGUGCCACCGAUUUAUGCGCUAGACACUACUGAAAUCAGUCACUGGAAGGUGCAAGUCUCGGAAAAUGCAUUUGCUAUCAUUGAUGCCGCAUUAGCAGGCGAACCUUCGCCGUUUCCGUGCGUACCAAAAAUGGAAUAUCAACACGAACGACUGCACAAAGAACGCACAUUCCGGUGUGAAUCCUGUCAACGUGUUUUCGUAGGCGAGUAUCAAUGGCAGAUACACAUUCGUUCCAAAAAACAUAGAAAGAUGCUAAAACACAAUAAGUGCUCAAGCGAUCGAAACACUGACCGAGAAGACGCAACUGUUGAAAUCGAAACGGAACCAAAUAAAUAAUGCUAAUACUAUUGGCCCAACCUGUUCUCGGUAGAUCUGCCAAAGGAACUCACCGCUGACGAGCGGUCGAUGUAUAAGUGCGAUCUACCGAGAGGUCAUGGAACGUGUGCCAGAGGAUCAUUCGGGUUUGAGCCACAAGAUGGGCCUCGGAAUAACGCCUAGUAAGCGCACGCUGAUGAAUAAUACGUGAAAAAGAAAAAUCGUGUAUCAUACCUCAGUAAAAUAGUGUUGUAAGCGUAACGUUUGUUGUCUGUAAAAUAAUGUUUCGUAAGAAAGAAAACAUAAAACUACUUCAUUUAUGUAAAACAAAGGUGAAUCCGUUACAAUUCGUUUGAUUAUACGAUCAAGGUUGAUCUUGUUUGACAACACCUUAAACCCACUCUACAACGUCUUCCUUUAUUAUUAAUUGGUAUAUGUACAGACAUACGUGGCUACGGGAAUGAGAUUGAUAUAUAUUUGUAUAUAUAUAUAUAUAUACUGCAUUCUGCAAUCAAGGUUCUUUGAUAGGUGUUGCUUUCUAUCCCGCCAUACGCCACACUAGAUAUAUAUUUGUAUAUAUGUUAUUAGUCAU